UCUCCUGGCCCACCACCGCCGCGAUCCCAAUGGCUGCAGUCGUUGGAGCAGCCCCCGCCGCCACCGGGCAGCCACAGAAGCCUGCCGACGCGGAGGAGAUGGCGAGGCAGCUUCGCCCCCAGCUCCUUGGUUCAUGCCGAAAUGCACAUUGUGGACUGCGGAGUUCAGUUGGCGAGGGCCCGUCUCCGAACAGGGCAUUCUCAUCGCUCGCCAGGAAGCGGGACUCGCAGCCCGAGCUGGUCCUGAAGCCAACUAUCGUCGAAGAAGUGUCGGCGGGUAUCGACGAAGAGGAGGACGCGGUCAUCUUCCACAGUUUUGAUGACGAUGCAUUGGAGGAUGAGUUUGAGGAUGGGGCUUUUGAAGAUGAGUAUCUAGAAGAUGGUGCUGAUGUCUAUGUGAGUUAGUGCUGUUUUAAUAGAGCCCGUGUUCUAAUUUUUUUAGACACAAAUUUGAUAA